GGUGCGGCUGAGCAAGCGCCGGGCGCCGCGCGCCGGGGUGCAGUCGGCGCCACCAACGCGGUGCUGGUGGUGAAGCACCGGGACAUGAACGAGAAGGAGCUGGAGGCGCAGGAGGCCCGGCGGGCGCAGCUGGAGAACCACGAGCCCGAGGAGGAGGAGGAGGAGGAGAUGGAGGCCGAGAAGGAAACGCCGGGAUCGGACGAGGAGCGGGACAAGGGCAGCGAGAGCGAGGAGGAGGAGGAGGAGGAGGCCGAAGGCUCGGGCUCGGAGCGCGGGGGCGGCUCCGCCCGCAGCGAGGAUGAGGAGGAGGAGGAGGAGGCCGAAGGCGGCCGGGGGGGGCGCCGGGGGGGCAGCGACGCCGCCCGGGCCGCGCGGGACCAGGAGGAGAUUUUCGGACAGAAAUAA